AUGUCAUCGACUAAUCAACCCAAUAUUGAAGAAAUGGAACCACGUAUUCUACAAAAUAUUAAAAAAAUAGACGCAAAAAAUUCUCAACAAGAUAGUGCGAUUAUAAUUAUUGGUGAAACGAGAGAAGGAAAGACUACACUAUUCAACUAUUUGGUUGGAAAUUUCUUGCUUAGUAAAGAAAAUAUUGAUGAGGGUGGAUUUGAAAUUUAUAAUGGCGUCAAAACUUAUGUUGAGGAUUCUUCAAAUAACAUAAAUAUUACCAAAAAUUAUAUCGGUGAUUCUUCAAAUAACAUAAUUAUUAACAAUCGUUCUAUUUCACAAACAUCUUUACCAUUAAAUCAAGAAAAUAUUGGGAUUGUCCUGAGACACAAGCAAAACGAAGCUUUUAAACCUUAUCCAACAUCUGGACGUGGUCAAGGAAAUCUCAGUUUAUCUCAAAGAGAAUUAUUCAAUUUUUUAUCCUCUGAUAGAAGUCAAAUUGCCUUUUUCAACGCUCCUCGAGAAGAAGGGUUAAUUCCUGAUACAGACAAAUUUGAAAUCUUAGAUUGUUUAGAGAAAAUUUCUUAUAUUGAAAACCUUGAAACUAGUUUUUCUCCAGGGCCAAGCGCAGAACUUUAUAUCAAAAAUCUAAUAAAUAUGUUUUAUAAAGAUGUAGAAGAAUUUAUGUCUAAGAAAUUUUAUUUUGCAUUUCUAAAUUACGUAGAAAAUCUUAUAGAUAGUCAUAAUGAUACGGUUAAAAAAUUAAGAAAAUCUUUGAACGAAUUUAUUGCUAAAGUGAAUACAAAUAUAUCCAAUACUGAGAAUUCACAACAAUUUGAAGAUAAACUUAGACAAGUUCUCUCAAUUAUUCAACUCUUACGGAGAGACGAUCUUAAAGACGAACUUCAAAAAAAAAUUUCUCAAUUAAGUUUUAUUGAACUCGUAAAGACAGAAUCAAUUGCUAUCCAAGGGAAUACAAGUAGCUGGUAUCACUUAAUACCUGAACUUAUUAAUGCUAUAAAGUCAUUAACGUCUAAACCUAAAAUAAAUAGCGAAGGACAAUUAUUAACUUUCGAAGGCACAAUUAUUGGUACUGAAGAUGUUGCUAAAAGUAUAUCUCAUACUACGGAUUAUAAGGAAAUAAAUGUGUACAGUUUAAAUACGAUAUUUAUUGAUAAAGAUAUAAAAGCACCAGGAGCCUUUCUGACAUUCAUAUCUCCUCAAUUGCGUGUUGUUGGUAAAAGAACAAUUAAUUUAAAAGGUAAAGCAGGUCCUUUACAUAAUCCACGAAAAGCUGAAGAUGGAACCAAUAAAAUAAUCAAUAAACAAGAUACAUACGAUAUAAUUAAUGAAAAUGAUACAAAAAACGAAAUUAAUGAAGAGGCAGGUAAUGAAAUUAUUACCGAUAUUAAGAUAGAAGGAAUAAUCAAUGAAGAUACUAAUAGAAAAGAUGUGUGUGAUAGAAUUAAUAGCAAAAAGGCAAGUUUAGAAAUGCAUGGAAAGGAUGAUCUUAGUGGCGGUGAUGGUGGUAAAGGGCAAGACGGUGGUGAUGGUGCUAAAGGACAAGUUGAUGACUAUUCUAAAGUAAAAGAGAUGGUAGAUAGCAGAAGUGAAUCAUCUUUAGUUUUACAGGAAAACGUUUCACGUUUUCUUUUAAAUAACAAAUAUGAAGAAACGUAUGUAGCUUAUGACCCAGGACAAGAAGGUGGAAAUGGUGGGCGAGGAGGAGUGGGUGGCAAUAUUGGAAGGCAUGGAACUAUACAUUUAAAGUUCGAUAAUUUACUAAAAAAUCCAAAAAACCCUAUUAUUAAAAAAUAUAGUAGAAAAGGAAAAAAUGGAGAAGGAGGAUUACCUGGCAGCGGAGGAGAAAAUGCAAAGUAUCAUGGAGUAUAUCUUAAUGAAAAAUUAUUUUCUGCAUUUAAAAGGUUACUACGUGAAUAUACUGAUAGCACUACAAAAACAGAUUCCAAGAAAUUAGACGGCUAUAGAAAAGAAUAG